CCACUUGUUUUCCUCACACAACUACUCACUCCUUCACCCCCAACCAUUAAUACAUGGCAUUCAAUUUCAUGUUUUCUUUGUUUGCUUCAAUCUUCUUCAUUUUUCUCUUCCGUUCUCUCCUUAAAUUCCUCAAACCCAAUCGCCGGGAACUUCCUCUCCCCCCAGGCACCCUCGGCUGGCCUUACAUCGGUGAAACCUUUCAGCUCUAUUCCCAAAACCCAAAUGUCUUCUUUGCUUCAAAGCAAAAAAGGUAUGGCUCCAUAUUCAAGACCCACAUACUAGGCUGUCCUUGUGUGAUGGUUUCGAGCCCAGAAGCUGCAAAAUUCGUGCUCGUGACCAGAGCUCACCUCUUCAAGCCAACAUUUCCAGCAAGUAAAGAGAGAAUGUUAGGCAAACAAGCCAUCUUCUUUAACCAAGGACAGUACCAUGCCCAAUUGAGGAGGCUUGUUCUCCGUGCCUUCAUGCCUGAAGCCAUCAAAAGCAUCGUGUCUAACAUCGAAUCCAUUGCCAAAUUGUCACUCCAGUCAAUUGAAGGGAGGUUGAUAACCACUUUCCAAGAAAUGAAAACAUACACAUUCAACGUUGCCUUACUAUCAAUAUUUGGAAAGGAUGAAGUGCUAUACAGAGAAGAUCUCAAGAGGUGCUACUACAUUCUUGAGAAGGGGUACAACUCGAUGCCCAUUAACCUUCCUGGUACACUUUUCAACAAAUCAAUGACAUCAAGAAAAGAGCUAGCUCAGAUUCUAGCCAAAAUCAUAUCAACCAGAAGGCAAAUGAAGCUCGAUUGCAAUGACUUGCUCGGGUCUUUCAUGGGUGACAAAGAAGGCCUCACCGAUGAACAAAUUGCUGACAACAUUAUUGGUGUAAUCUUUGCUGCUCGUGACACCACCGCUAGCGUACUGACAUGGAUAAUUAAGUACCUCGGAGAAAACCCGAGCGUUCUUCAAGCUGUCACGGACGAACAAGAGGCCAUAAUGAGUGGUAAAGACCAGGGCGGUGAGGAGCAAACUCUCACUUGGGAAGAUACCAAGAAGAUGCCAAUAACUUCUAGAGUGAUUCAGGAGACACUUAGGGUUGCUUCAAUUUUAUCUUUUACCUUCAGAGAAGCAGUGGAAGAUGUUGAAUAUGAAGGGUAUCUUAUACCAAAAGGAUGGAAAGUUUUACCGCUUUUUAGAAACAUUCACCACAGCCCAGAGUUCUUUCCAGAUCCUAAAAAGUUCGAUCCCUCAAGAUUCGAGGCUACUCCAAAACCCAACACAUUUAUGCCAUUUGGCAAUGGAACCCACUCAUGUCCGGGGAAUGAGUUAGCCAAGCUGGAAAUUAUGGUUCUUAUCCAUCAUCUGACCACAAAGUACAGGUGGUCUAUAGUGGGUACAAACAGUGGGAUUCAGUAUGGUCCUUUUGCUCUUCCCCAGAAUGGUUUGCCCAUCAGACUAAUCAAAAAAUCAUAGUAGCCUCAACUCAACAACUCGCAAAAGAAAGAGCAGGCUUACAAGUUGUUAGAUAGGAUGAAGCAAAGAAGGUGCAAAGCCAAAAGGCGUUGAGCUUUCUCUCUUUUUGUCCAAAAGAAUACCCCAAAAGAAGAAACUUAAGAUUAGGAAACCAACCACCUCCAAACGUACAGAAGGGUCUCAGAACUCAUCUCAUAACACCCAAAAAAAAAAAAGGGAAAAGAAAUUCUGUUUAUUCUUUUCCAACUCAUAGAAAAGAAGGAAAUAAAAAUCCAGUAAAAUGAUCAAUGAUUUUCACGUCUGUUCAUCCUCGAAGGGAUUGUUUUUGUAAGUCCGCAAGGCAAAAAAAGAAAUAGAAAAUAAAAUAUAUCAUGUGACUAGUUUUUA